GUUGGGUGGAAAGGACACCUGGGUCCCGCCGGGCAGAACGGCCGAAGGAGGGCGAGGCAGCUGGAGGCUGAGGACCGGGAUUCUUGGGUCCCAGAGAAGAAUGAGAGCGUUCUCUUGCCCCACUGGGACCAUGGCUACUGUCCCAGAUUGGAAGCUACAACUACUAGCCAGGCGAAGACAAGAGGAGGCUGCCGUUCGAGGCCGGGAGCAGGCUGAGAAGGAUCGACUGGCCCAGAUGCCAGCCUGGAAACGGGGGCUAUUGGAGAGACGCCGUGCCAAGCUAGGAGUGCCAGUGGGGGAACCAGGUCCUGGGAAUGAGGCUCCAGAUGCAGCACCUCCUGAACCUGAGGAGCCUGUUGUCCUUCUGGAGGCCAUCGGACCUGUCCACCAGAAUCGCUUCAUCCGCCAAGAGCGCCAAGAGCUGAAGCAGCAGCAGCAGCAGCAGCAAAGUGCCGAAGAGCAGCUCACUGAUCGGAGGCCACCUGAGGGUCGAGGACAUGUUUCAGGGAGAGUGGAAGCCCGAGAGCAGAGAGUCAGCGCAGCAGAGGCUCAGGAACAGAGUCUGGUGGGAAGAGAGUCAAGAGAGCAGAGGCUGAGCCUGGGGGAGUCUGUAGAUAGGAAGCUGGGGCUAGCAGAAGUUCAAGAGCAGAGCCUUAGGCCUGCAGAGGCCUUGGAAUGGAGAUUAAGCCCCAGGGAGACUGAGGAGAGGAGCUCUGGACUAUCAGAAUCACGGAAAUGGAAGAAAAGCCCCGGGGAAGAUCGAGAACGAAAUGUGAAUGCAAUAGAACCUCGAGAACAGACUUCUGGGGGAUCUGAAACAGGAGAAUGUAGACUGAGCUCAGCAGACCAUGGAGAGCAUGGAGAACAGAGGCUGGGGUUGACAGAGAUACAUAAAUGGAGGAUGAAUUCCAGAGAAGUCUUCGAACAGAGUCCAGAGCUAUUGGAGGCUCGAGAGUGGAGGUUAAACCCAGGAGAAGAAAGCAAAGGGAGAUCAGGGGAAUUGAGGACGGAACAGAGACUAAUGCAGAGACAAACCAGGGAGAACUCAGGACUUUUAGAGACACAAAGAUGUAGGUUAAGUCCUGGUGAGUUUCGAGAACGAAGCCCAGGGGUAAUGGAGGCAACAGAAAUGAGGCUGAAUCCAGGAGAGGAUGCAGACAAGAGUUCUAGACAGAUGGAAGUACGGAAAUGGAGACUGAACUCUGGGAAGGCUCGAGAAUGGAGCCCUGGGAGAUCAGAGGCUCGCGAGCAGAAGACAGUGCAUUCAGAUUCUGGAGAUCAGAAGUUGCUGUUGCCUGGACCAAAGGCUGAAGAAGGGAGGACAGGGGCUGCUGUAGAGGAAGCUGGGGAUGGAGGCAGGAUGGUGAGCUCCCUUAGAAGCCACUACCCUGUAACCUCCCCCCCACCACCUGAGGAAGUUGGGACCAAAGGCUCAGGGCCUCAGGAAGAGGAAGCAGCAGAACCUCAGCCCCCACCACCACCCUCAGUAUCUCCCCUACCCCCUGCCCCACCAACUCCUCAGCCCCCAGGGGACCCGCUGAUGAGUCGCUUGUUCUAUGGGGUGAAACCUGGGCCUGGGGUAGGGGCCCCCCGCCGUAGUGGACACACCUUCACAGUUAACCCUAGGCGUUCUGGGCCCCCUGCAGCCCCUGCCCCACCUGAACCCCAGGUCCCUGGCCCUGGGAAGAAGCGGUACCCCACUGCUGAGGAGAUACUGGUGCUUGGGGGCUACCUCCGUCUCAGCCGAAGCUGCCUCGCCAAGGGGUCCCCUGAGAGACACCAUAAACAGCUCAAAAUUUCUUUUAAUGAGUCAGCCCUGGAGACCACCUAUCAGUACCCUUCUGAAAGUUCUGUGCUGGAGGAGAUGGGCCCUGAGCCUGAGGCCCCAAGUGCUCCUGGUCCCUCCCCAUCCCUGCCAGAUGAAGAGGAGGAUGAGGAGGAGUUGCUGCUACUACAAAGGGAGCUUCGGGGAGGACUGCAGACCAAGGCCCUGCUAGUGGAUGAGUCCUGCCGCCGGUGACCUUUCCAACUGGGAGGGCAAGAACUCCUUCCCACUCCUGAGUGCUGAAGAUCAAUCUUCCAUCCUUCCUCGCAGCUGCUGUGCUGACAGACCCCAUAAAAUGAGUUGUCAGGAAGGAGAAAUCCCAUGCACUUCUCCACCUCACCUUUCUUGUGCUGUGGUGGGGGGGAGCCCAUCUCUGCCCUCUAACUCAUGAUCUUAGGUUCAGACGGUGUCGUAGACAUUUUCAGUGAAAGGAGAGAGUCUUUGGCUCAGUGUCUCCUGGGAGUCAAAGAACCCAAACCCCCUAGGGAAGGGGGCAAAGCCUACUGAGUCAUGAGAAGGUAGAACUUUCCUUCUGACUGAAUAGCACUCUGUCCAUUGCUAACCCCACCGUGCCAACACCCCACCCUACCCCAAGGUUGGUAAGUGCAGGCCACCCUGCCUUGAGAAGUCCUGCCCUCAUUCCCUCUGUUUGUUUACAGGUGCAUCCAUCCCUUCUGGGGGUUAAAGAUGUACUUUUUCUCUGCCUGGGUCUCCACCCACUUAUGUUUACAGCUUCCACUGUCCCAAGCCUCACUCAGCCAAAGUCCCAGGUUUACAAACCACACCUGCCAUGGUUAUAUUACCACAACUCAGCCAGUGGGUGGUCCUCUCCCUUGCCUUUGACUGUUUGGAGCUUGGCUUUCUUCUUGAAUGUCUACCUUCCCUAACCCUGCCUUGUUCAGUAUUAUUUUGGUCUUCCAAAAGGAGGAGGGGUGACCUCAAUCUUUUCCUCCCUUGUAGUUAAUUCUUAUGUUUCUUCCAGUGACCUGGAAUUAAACUGAAGAGGACUCGAGGGUCCUAAUGAGGUCCUACCUUA